GUUCCGCGCGUGCACCCUGGCCCACUAGAAGCUGAACCAGCGUCAUGGACAGCGAGGAAGGUGUCCAAUUAUUCGCGACUGCUAGGCCAAAUAAGAAACAAAAGGUUGUAGAUGUAGCGACACCUACCGACAAGGCCAACAAGCGCGCCGGGCCCGGUCCCGCUCGCGAGCCCAUCGCCGCCGGCGCCGAGGGCGACAAGCGCGCGUCGGCGAAGCCCAGCAGGCAGCAGCAGCCAACAGGAGCAAAUGGCGCGAGCGACGCUGGCGGCGAGGGCGAGGGCGCAGGCGCGGGGGCGGCGGAGCGCAGCGGCGGUGUGGCCUCGACGUCGGGGCACACGGACCUGAGCGACGUGCCCACCGACUUCAAGGGCCUCGGCCUGUCGGAGUGGCUGUGCGGCGUGUGCAAGUCGCUGGGCAUGAGCCAGCCCACGGACGUGCAGCGCGGCUGCAUCCCCGCUAUUCUGAAGGGCCGGGAUGUGAUUGGGCUGGCGCAGACCGGCAGCGGCAAGACCGCCGCGUUCGCGCUGCCCAUACUCCAGGCCCUCGCGAAGGACCCCUACGGCGUGUUUGCACUGGUGCUGACACCCACGCGAGAGCUGGCGGUGCAGAUCUCGGAGCAGUUCCGGGCGCUAGGCGCGGGCAUGCGACUCAAGGAGCUGGUGGUGAUUGGCGGCGUGGACAUGCAGCAGCAGGCGCGGGAGCUGGCCAAGCGGCCGCACGUGGUGGUGGCCACGCCGGGCCGGCUGGCGGGCCUGUUGGACGCGGACGCAGGUCUGGCUGCCGGCAUGGCUCGCUGUCGCUUCCUGGUGCUGGACGAGGCGGACCGCGUGCUGGACUCCACCUUUGAGGACGACCUCAGGCGCAUCCUGAAGGCGCUUCCUGCCGCCCGCCAGACGCUGUUGUUCAGCGCCACCAUGACCAAGUCGCUCAUCGCGCUGCAGCGGCAGUCGCUCGCGGACGCACACGUCUUCCAGGCGUAUGAGGGCCUCCGCACCGCCGACAAGCUGAAGGAGGAGUACCUGUUCCUGCCCGCCAAGGUGAAGGAGGUGUACCUGCACCACCUGCUCACGGUGGUGCUGCCCGCGCGCAAGGUGCGCUCCGCCAUCAUCUUCGCCGGCACCUGCCGCGGCUGCCACCUGCUGUCGCUGCUGCUGGAGGAGCUGGGGCUGCCCGCAGUGGCGCUGCACUCGGGCAAGAGCCAGAAGGGCCGCCUGGCGGCUCUGGCUCGCUUCAAGAGCGAGCAGGUGCCGCUGCUGCUGGCUACCGACGUGGCGUCGCGCGGCCUGGACAUCCCGUCCGUGGAUGCAGUCAUCAACUUUGACCUGCCCAUGCUGGCGCGUGACUACGUGCACAGGGUGGGCCGUACCGCCCGCGCGGGCCGGUCCGGCUGGUCUGUGAGUCUGGUGACGCAGUACGAUGUGGGUCUGGUGGGCGCCAUUGAGGAACUCAUCGGCCACACGCUGGAGCAGCACGUGCUGGAGGAGCAGGAGGUGCUCAAGGGCAUCACCAAGGUGUACAGCGCAAAGCGGGCUGCCAUGCUCCGUGUGGCGGAGGAGGAGGGUCUGGACACGGGCAAGAGCAAGCGGGUCAAGAAGGCGUCCAAGCAGUUCAUGAAGGGCGCUGCGGCGGGCGGCGAGGCCGGUGCGGCGGCAGGAGCAGGUGGUGGCAAGAAGCGGAAGGACUAGGCAGCAGUGUGAUGAGGGAAGUGCAGGCUGUGUUGCGGUGGGGUGCACGGUGCAUUGUGUAGGACCGUAGGCGUGUGGCGCACGUAGCAUGAGGUUUGACAUUCGAGUAUGGGGUGACGGUAGCGGUGAUACAAUGAUCAUGGUAAGAAGACUUAGGCCUGUGGAUAAGUCACAGGGCCAGCUAGCUGCUUGCGCUCAUGAAAGUCAUGGUGGGGGCAUCCUUGCACUUUUAACCAAU